AUGACACGAAGCAUUGCAUCCCUCCCUCUGCGUCACCAGCACUCAUCCGCUUCGCUGCUCUCUGCCUCGACCGCGAUGGACCCUCCUUCUCCCGCGCCGGCGCGAGAGCUCUCCAGGGAGGCACAGUGCUUCAUCCUCGCUGAGAUGGAUCGCGCCCCAAGGAGCGAGAACAAGGUAUGCAGGGGCUGCAUGUUGGGUCUGUCCCCUCAACAGCAGGAAAACGCCGUCAGGGCAGAGUCCGGCCAAGACUACAAGCUUCUUGACCGCCCGUCCUGCAAGAUCUGCCAUCUCAGGUCUUUGGAGCCCGAGGCCUUCACCAAGCCAUUUAUUCAGUUCUUGACUGAGAACCCUACUGUUUUCCACGCCGUAGAGUACUUCAAGGAGAAGCUGGCUGCUGUUGGCUUCACCGAGCUGCCCACUCGGGAUGACUGGUCUGGUCAGAUCAAAGCUGGCGGCAAAUACUACGUUACGCGUAAUGGUAGUACCCUCGCAGCGUUCGUAGUUGGCGAGGCCUACAAGCCUGGAAAUGGCGUGGCUAUCAUCGGAGGCCACAUAGACGCGUUGACCGCCAAGCUGAAGCCCGUCAGCAAGAAGCCCACGAAAGCAGGGUACUUGCAGCUGGGUGUUGCCCCGUACGCCGGGGCCCUUAAUGAGACCUGGUGGGACAGAGAUCUUUCUAUUGGGGGUCGCGUGAUUCUUCGCGACGCGGAGACGGGCAAGACCACAAGCAAGCUGGUCAAGUUGGGCUGGCCGAUCGCCAAGGUCCCAACCUUGGCCCCUCAUUUUGGUGUCGGGAUGGUAGGUGCGCAGAACAAGGAGACGCAAGCUGUCCCCGUUAUCGGCCUCGAGUCCGCCUCGCCGGAAGAGGCUCUUGGUGAGGCGGGCACUUUUAUAUCCUCCCAGCCUCCCAAGCUGGUGAAGCUCAUUGCCUCGGAGCUGGGUAUCAAGUCCCAGAACUACAGCAGUAUCAUCAACUGGGAGCUCGAGCUGUUCGACUUCCAGCCUGCCACCGUCGCCGGUCUGAAUAAGGAAUUCAUCUCUGCGGGACGCAUCGAUGACAAGCUCUGCUCAUGGGCUGCGCUCACUGGUCUCCUCUACGGGGACCACGCGCCGUCCGAUAGUGGAAUUAAGCUUGUGGCCCUUUUUGACGAUGAGGAGAUUGGCAGCUUGCUUCGACAGGGUGCCAAAGGCAAUUUCCUACCUUCGGUGAUUGAGCGCACGGUUGAGUCGCUCUCUUCCAGCGCAGGCAAGACUUUUGGCCCGGGUAUCGUAGGUCAGACCUAUGCUCGCUCGUUCCUCGUUUCCUCCGACGUUACGCACGCUGCGAACCCGAAUUUCCUGGAGCGGUACGAGGCGGACCAUGCUCCCCUGCUGAACGUUGGCGUGACGAUCUGCGCGGACAGCAAUGGACAUAUGACGACAGACAGCAUCAGCACAGCCAUCUGCAGUCGCGUGGCCGAGCUGAGUGGAACCAAGAACCAGCGUUUCAUGAUUAGAAAUGACUCCAGAUCAGGCGGUACCAUCGGGCCAAGUCUCAGCUCUAUGUUGGGCGUGAGGGCUGUUGACGCCGGGCUGCCGCAGCUUUCCAUGCACUCUAUUAGGGCCACCACAGGCGCCUUGGACCCAGGUCUGGGUGUGAAGUGGUUCAGGGGCUUUUUGGACAACUGGGCGAAGAUCGACGCCGAAUGGGAUAAUUAA